AUGCGUACACUGUUCACGACAGAACCAAAUAAUGCCUCGAGACUGAGUGCAAGAAUACGAUCUGAUACAUCAUCGAAUGAAGGUUCAUUAAUAUAUACUCCUCCCUACUCGCCAACAGAGCCUGAUCCUCGACGCUCAAACAAUCACUUCGAAUACCAUUCUGUCCAUAAUUACUUUGAGUCACGGAAGAUACCACAACUAUUUUCAGCUUCAAGCACCAUUCAGCAUACUAUAUAUAUAUCACCUAGAAGUACACCAAGUGAUGUCCCUAUUCCACCUUCCGCGUCAGACAACGGGAUCACGCAACAAGAUUGGUCGACCUUCCUAAAUCACUUAUUGCCUGAUCAUAACCUUAAUGCCAAUAACGAUGUAGCAAAUCGUAAGCUAAAAGCACGGCUGGUCGACGAGCGGAUGCAAAGGCUUACGCUCAGUGAGGGUCAUCGUUCCAGACUUGACCUCCAUGAAGUUCAAGCGCAGCUGAGUUCUCCACGUCAACCCAUCACCUCGUCCGAUACAGACUGGGCAGAAGGAGUAGACGAAGUAAUCAAACUUUGGAACGAGGGGUUCUUUGUUUCCCGUGGAUUAAAGAUCGUUCGCAUUGACAUAGAGCACCCUGAGCUUCAUGAGCGAUGGCACCGUAUGCCUGGUUUUUGGAGGCCCGAUGAAGAGGAUCUUUCGCACUUCCCGGAAAGUAAUCGAAGACGCGGAGGCAUUUCUAGACGUCAUUCUCCGUGUAGUGGACGAUCUCAAGAACCUACAAUCGGUUCUAUGGGUGCAAAUGACGGAGAGGUCAAAAUUAGAAGGAAUGGUCUCGUUCCUGACUCCAACGGUUUGCGUAUCGGUAACAUGUUCAUAGCAGAUGAUGGUGGUUUACGAACAGACGGAAAUUGGGGGCUCAAAGUCGAUGAACAUGCUGCUAGUAUCAGUGGCCAUAGCUCUGGAAGAAGGGGAAGGGGCGGUCUACAUGCUCAGGGAGCUGAGCAAGGAUCGGCACAUGAGCCAGAAGGGCGUCAUGGGAAAAGAAGGAGAGGAAGAACCGAUCAGCAUACGCAUGAGUCUGACCGAGGACGGGCACACAAACCGGGAGAGUGGCACUGUGGGCGAUCUGGAAGAAGAAGAAGAAGAAGAGAUCAUUCUUCUUCUUCUUAUUCUUCCUCAUCUAGUUCCAUUAGCUCUGACUCUGACGCAUCGGUUGGUUCCCUACCUGACUACGAUCAUCUCAAAGACCAACAACUAGUAGCCACCAGAGAUACAAUAAUUGCGUGGCUCAAUCACUCUGAACAUCCCAUGACGAGACAGACGGUUCGGAAAAUGAAACAAGAUAUCAAAUUCGCCAAGAAGAAUCCCGAAGGAAAACCCACCUCUCACGAGGAUCUCACUUCCCUACGAAGAGAAGUCAAAGAUCUGCUUAAAAAGUUCAAAGACGUGAAGAAGUCUCAAAAAUCAGUAAGGAAAAUCAUGAGAAAAGAACAGCGGAGACUCGAGAAAGCGCAUAAGAAAGAACGAAAGAACAUGGGGAAAGCGAAACGGAAGGCUGUGAAAAAAGAUAAAACUUUGAAGAGGGAGGAAUUCCCAGCCGAGUUUCCAACUCUUAUAUCUAUGCCACACCAUCUCGGCUUUCCCGAGUUUUCAAGCGUGCGGCUUUCACCGCUUCCAAAUAUGCCCAGCCCUUCGUUUUACACACGUACUUUUGAAACACAGAAUUCUAGCAUUACAUCUUUGCACGAAACUUUGCAUAUCUUACCCUCUCUUUAUCCCCAAGCUCAGGUGCCCACGCAGGAUCAGCUCCAUAAUCCUCUAGUAUCCGCUCGUCUUACAUCUUUCUUAUCUCAAACCGCAUCGGUGAUCCAUAGCCAAGCUUCCUCUCUCCUGGCUAGAGCCCAGGCCAAAGAAGUGGAAGCAAGGACUCUGAAAAACUCUUCGGAUAUUGAUGGUAAUAAUGUGUAUGCCAGUCAAAAUAGGAGUAACAGGGAAAAGAGACAAGAAGUAGAAAGACUUCUAGAGGAAGCAGAGGAAUUGAGAAUGGAAGGAGAGAGAUUACGGGUGGAAGCCGUGCAGAUGGAUGAGGAGUUUGCGAGGGAGAUACAGGAGCGCGAGUUUGUACGCAGGCGAGGUUAG